AUGGAACCCCGCAAGACCCCUCCAGAGUACGUCCUGGAGAUAUUCGCAGACACCACAACCGUGAGAGACGUAUUAAAAGGAAUACUCAACCUAAUCUUCUUCCACCGAUACUUCCCCUCCAUUCGCCCCAAAACAUUCGACGUGCUUGACUUUACCCUCCCCGCAAUCAACGAUGUAGAUCUUGAAACCCUCAUCGACUCGCGCAUCUCCUCUUUAGUCCGCCAGCACUCCUCUUCCGCGACGGGACACGGACACGGACUCGACCCUAGCAGUGGCGGGACGGCAACCGGGGGAGGAACAGGCGGCGUCCGCGGGCGGAUUGCUGUAGAGUUCUACGAAAAGAAGCGCAGGCGCUCGGGGAUAUGGUUUCCGGGGCUAGCGGGGAAGGGCGAGGAGGAGAUUUGCUGGGAGGUGUGGAAUUUAGAGGUGACGAUUGCGACGCCGAGGACGGAGUCUGAGCGCGCAAAGGUUCGCAGGGCAAUGGAGAAUAUGCUACAGAAAGCUGCGCUGAAGAUCCUCUCCAUCGUGAACCACGAGAAAGAUCACAUUCCCCCAAUUACGACCAGCGACUCGAAUCCGUUCCCCUACCGCAUUGUCCUGAAUCCCCGUUCAGAUAGCUGGCAGAAUCGCUUUGGCCUCUAUUAA